CAGAACACUCAGUCUGCACAAGUCGCCAACUCAAAACCUGCAUGCUCUCGAAUGAGCAUUUUGACUCGGUUGCGCAGGCCUACUUCAUAAUCCAUACAGCGACGCAGAUAUGUCUCAGGACCCCGAACUCGACAAGAUGCUUGUGCUCGAUGCACUGAGUAGCGGCCUCAACAUAUCCAUGACAGAGCUCCUCAGUAUUCUCGGUCGUCAAGCCCCGAUCUCAAACCUUCUUCUCGGGCCCGUCAUCAGACCACAACAGAUACCCAUGACUACGGCAUCUCGUUCCGCACCAAGCAUCGAUCUGCAGCAGAGGGCACCGGCGUCAGAGGAGCGACAGCAUCUGAGGCGCGAGUUUGACAUUGUGUACUGGACCGCUUUGGCUGUUGUCAGCCUCAUCGCUAUAUCAGCGGUCUGGACGAAAGUUCAUAUGGCGGCACAGAAGGGCCGGAAAUCGUUCGAGGCCAAGAAACCUAUGUCCGACGUUGAGAAAUGGCAUAUGCGGCGUCAGAAGGCCCGCGAUGAGACAUCCAUGGCGCUGGGACAGGCGGAUGAUCAGUCUCUGGGUACCUAAAACUGUGGCUGAGAAUAGAGAGCGGAAAUGGUUUCGCGAUGCGCGAGACCUCCACCGGGAAUCUCGCGCUCUUUGAAUUGUACUUGCUCGUGGAGGACCGAAACUGCGUAUGGCACAUUUUAUCCUAUCGUGGGAGACGCGAGAAUCGAAUUCGCGUGAAACACCAAAUAACUGAUCGAUUCUAUAAAUAAUCCAACUUCC